CCUGCAGCACUAUGCUAAGAUCCCGGGCAGCCUUACCAUCAUGCUGGAACUGGGCUCAUGUUCUGUCAGCUCUCAGUCUCUGACAGACGACCACAAUGCUUUGGGGCGACCUCCCACCUCAGGAGGGCCUGACAGUCCAGCAGCUGGUUUUGGACAGAUGUGUGGCAGCAGUAGCCCCAGGCGUCACGUCCUGCACCCGUCACCAACGGAUUGCGAGAGCUGGCAGAAGCAUCGGGGAGGGCUGGCUGGAGGUUCAAGCCCCUGCUCCGAGCCUCACCCGCUCCUGGAGCCCCAGAGUCUGUCCACCAGCCACGACACCCUCUACCUCCCGCAGAUGACUGGGCAGGCUCAAACUCUCCACCCGAACCGCCUCGGCCUUUCUCUGGAUGUGGCCUCAACAUUUGACGCCGGAGGUGGGAUGCUUGGGGUGGAUGGAGAUUUGGCAGUCAGUCCCAACGUAAUCAAGAGACGGCGGGGAGGCCUGAUUGAACAGAAGGACAUAGUCAAAGCUCACCAGGCCCAUAAGAUACAUAGCACACCGCAGGCUCGACGCAAAGAGUGGGAAAUGGCCCGUUUUGGAGACGACGUCCCGGGCUUGUUGAGCUCUGGGGAUGGAGGAUCGGAGCGCAACAGGAACCGCGAUGGAGCGGCCAUGUCCACAGGUGGGAUCUCCCCGGCAUUCAAGCAGACCAAAGCGCAGCGCGCCCGCACCAUGGCCCUGUACAACCCCAUCCCGGUUCGGGAGAACUGCUUCACCGUCAACAGGUCGCUCUUCAUCUUCGGAGAGGACAACGUGGUCCGGAAGUACGCUAAGAAAAUCACUGAGUGGCCUCCUUUCGAGUACAUGAUCCUCGCUACCAUCAUUGCCAACUGCAUCGUCUUGGCCCUGGAGCAGCACCUCCCUGGUGAGGACAAAACCCCCAUGUCCAAGAGACUGGAGAAGACGGAGCCCUACUUCAUAGGGAUGUUCUGUUUUGAGGCUGGGAUAAAGAUCAUCGCUCUGGGCUUUGUGUUUCAUAAAGGGUCCUACCUCAGGAACGGCUGGAACGUCAUGGAUUUUAUUGUCGUCCUCAGCGGGAUUCUGGCUGCAGCAGGGGCUCAUAUGAACAUCUCAGUGGAUCUGAGGACGCUGAGAGCUGUGAGAGUACUGCGACCCCUCAAACUGGUCUCAGGCAUACCGAGUCUGCAGAUUGUCCUGAAGUCCAUAAUGAAGGCCAUGGUGCCUCUUCUUCAGAUCGGUCUGCUGCUGUUCUUUGCCAUCCUCAUGUUCGCAAUCAUCGGCCUGGAGUUUUACAGCGGAAAACUGCACAAGACCUGCACACCACAGCCAGGAAUACUGGAAAACGAGACAGUGGACUCGUCUGAGUACGACUUCCCGUGUGGCGUGCGUCAGUGUCCGGCCAAGUACGCCUGCUCAGAGACCUGGAUUGGACCUAAUGACGGCAUCACCCAGUUUGACAACAUCCUGUUUGCAGUCCUCACUGUCUUCCAGUGCAUCACCAUGGAGGGAUGGACCACUGUGCUCUACAAUACCAAUGAUGCCUUGGGUCCCACCUGGAACUGGCUGUACUUCAUCCCCCUCAUCAUCAUCGGCUCCUUCUUCGUCCUGAACCUGGUGCUGGGAGUCCUCUCUGGAGAAUUUGCCAAAGAGAGGGAGAGAGUGGAAAAUCGCAGGGCUUUCAUGAAGCUAAGACGCCAGCAGCAGAUUGAAAGAGAGCUGAACGGCUACCGCGCUUGGAUUGACCGAGCUGAGGAAGUUAUGCUUGCAGAGGAGAACAGGAAUCCAGGACCCUCUGCACUUGAUGUGUUGAAGCGAGCAACCACCAUAAAGAGGAGAGGCAUGGAUGUGCAUCAGGGCCAGUCAGGGGAGGAACAUUAUGGAGAUAUCACUUCUGUGGGCAUGCCCAUGGCCCGAGCCAGCGUUCGGAGUGCAAAGCGAGGUCCAACGGCCUAUUUUCGACGUAAAGAGCGUCUCCUGCGGAUUUCCAUUCGCCGCGUGGUGAAGACGCACACUUUCUACUGGACAGUUCUCGGCCUUGUGGCUCUCAACACGCUGUGUGUCGCCAUUGUGCACCACAACCAGCCCUUCUGGCUGUCCAAUUUUCUUUACUAUGCAGAGUUCCUGUUCCUCGCUCUGUUCCUGACAGAGAUGUUCCUGAAGAUGUACAGCUUGGGACCGCGUCUCUACUUUCAUUCCUCGUUCAACUGCUUUGACUGCAGCGUAAUCAUUGGCAGUAUCUUUGAGGUGCUGUGGGGAUUCUUCAGACCAGGAACGUCAUUUGGUAUCAGUGUCCUCCGCGCUCUCCGCCUGCUUAGGAUCUUCAAAAUCACCAAGUAUUGGGCGUCUCUGAGAAACCUGGUUGUGUCUCUGAUGAACUCCAUGAAGUCCAUCAUCUCCCUGAUCUUCCUUCUCUUUCUCUUCAUUGUUGUCUUCGCACUCCUUGGCAUGCAGCUUUUUGGUGGCAGGUUCAUCUUUGAAGACUACACACCAACAAACUUUGACACCUUUCCUGCAGCCAUUAUGACUGUGUUUCAGAUCCUGACUGGAGAGGACUGGAAUGAGGUCAUGUAUAACGGUAUUCGCUCCCAAGGAGGAGUGAAGUCGGGGAUGUGGUCCUCCAUCUAUUUUAUAGUUCUUACUCUUUUCGGAAACUAUACUCUUCUGAAUGUCUUCUUGGCCAUUGCUGUGGAUAACCUGGCCAAUGCACAAGAACUUACCAAGGAUGAAGAAGAAGCAGAGGCAGCUUUCAACCAGAAGCAUGCUCUGCAGAAAGCAAAGGAGGUCGGACCGCUUUCCUCCUUCAUGUCUUCAGAGGGAAGCCGGAGGAGGCGGCCCUACCUGUACAGGAAAAGAGCCAUUCACCGCAGCCGGCCGACCUACUCCUACUCCCUGGAGGAGGCCCAGGGCGGUAUGAGGGAGGGCCGCCCACCGCCACCACUCAAAUCCUCUAACUCUUUCAUGUCCAGGAGGGAGAGGAGGAAAAGGAUGACCAUGUCUGUUUGGGAGCAGAGGACCAGCCAGCUGCGGAGACACCGGCAGAUGUCCAGCCGAGAGAUCUUGUUCAGCAGUCCCAGUGAGGAAAAAGACGGCCCCCCUGCUUCAGUUCACGGACGUCCCUUGUCGCUGCACCAGAAAGCCGUGCAGCACACGCCAUCCGGGAGCGUGAAGCAGCCGACUGACCCUCUGGCCUCACCGGCUCAGAGCCAGCCCCCGGGCUCCUCUGCGCCCCUGGAUGCCGCUGUUCCUGGUGACGUUCCUGAGCCUCCUAUGGCAGUGCUGGAAUCAGAGUGUCUGGAUCCUACAAACGCACCGUGCCUGACCUUACCAGAACCUCCCGAAUCCAAAUCCACCGGGGAAAACAAAAAGCCGGGCCUUGGCCACAAACACGUCUCCGAGCGCCGAAGCCCGAGACUGAAUGUGGAACGUCAACACAGGCAUGUGAAAAAGUUCAGACCUCCAGAUAACGUUGACUCUCUGACCCCUGAGAAAGGAGGUCACAUUGAGAUCAGGGGCCGAAGGGGCCAUCAUUGUGACCAUCGGAACGGCACCAGAAAUCAAGCGUCCUCUCCUGGAAAUGAGGGAAAGUUAGAUGGCAGCUGUGAUGUUGGAGAAAGCAGAACGAGUUCGGAAACAGUCGAGGAGAAGGGAGCACAGCCUGAGAACGAAGACGGAGAGCUGCACGAGCAGAGCAGACUGGCUAACCGUAACGAGGGAGACGUCCUCUUUGGUGACCUCUGCCCUCUGAAGCAAGACAACGCUCUGAACCAGUCUGAGCUGCUGGUACCCAACAAACCAGAGGAUGGCAAUGAAGAAAAGGAGUCGGAGCUGGACCACAAUAAGCUCAGCUCCAGUGUCGUCGUCGAGGUGCCUGACUUGCAGUCGUCUCUUGAACUCUCCACCAUCACAGUCAACAACAAGGACUCUGAAACCUGCAAGUCAGAGAAGGAAGAGGAAGAAGAGACGAAACCUGUCAACACUGUGAUCCCAGACAGCAUGUUCAUCUUCAAACCUGACAACCCGAUGCGUCGAGCAUGUCAUUAUGUGGUGAACCUCAGGUACUUUGAAAUGUGCAUCCUGCUGGUGAUAGCUGCUAGUAGCAUAGCGCUGGCUGCAGAAGACCCCGUAGCCACAUCAUCAGACUGGAAUAAGGUUCUACGUUACUUUGACUAUGUGUUCACCGGAGUCUUUACCUUUGAAAUGAUCAUAAAGAUGAUUCACCAGGGUCUGAUCCUCCAUGACGGCUCCUACUUCAGAGAUCUGUGGAACAUCUUGGACUUCAUCGUUGUGGUGGGAGCACUGGUGGCCUUUGCCCUCACCAACGUGAUGGGAAACAACAAAGGGCGAGACAUAAAGACCAUCAAAUCUCUGAGAGUGCUGCGUGUCCUCAGACCUCUGAAGACCAUCAAACGACUUCCUAAGCUCAAGGCGGUGUUUGACUGUGUGGUGACGUCUCUGAAAAACGUCUUCAACAUUUUGAUUGUCUACAAGCUUUUCAUGUUCAUCUUCGCCGUCAUCGCUGUGCAGCUUUUCAAGGGGAAGUUCUUCUAUUGCACCGACAGUUCAAAGGACACGGAGAAAGACUGCCAGGGUUACUACAUCGACUAUGGGAAGGAUAAAAAAGAGGUGAAAAAGAGAGACUGGAAGAGGCACGAGUUUCAUUACGACAACGUCAUCUGGGCUCUGCUCACACUCUUCACUGUUUCCACCGGAGAGGGCUGGCCUCAGGUUCUGCAGCACUCUGUAGAUGUGACAGAAGAAGACAGGGGUCCAAGUCACGGCAACAGGAUGGAAAUGUCAAUCUUCUACGUCAUCUACUUUGUUGUCUUCCCCUUCUUCUUCGUCAACAUCUUCGUGGCUCUCAUCAUCAUCACCUUCCAAGAGCAGGGCGAUAAGAUGAUGGAGGAGUGCAGCCUCGAGAAAAAUGAAAGAGCGUGCAUUGACUUUGCCAUCAGCGCGAAGCCCCUGACUCGAUACAUGCCACAGAACCGGCACACGUUCCAGUACCGUCUGUGGCAUUUUGUGGUGUCCCCAUCAUUUGAGUAUACAGUCUUGACCAUGAUUGCUCUCAACACAAUUGUCCUGAUGAUGAAGUAUUACUCUGCCCCGCCUGCAUACGACGCCUUCCUGAAGCAUCUAAACACAGCUUUUACUGUGCUCUUCUCGAUCGAGUGCGUUCUGAAGAUCCUGGCUUUUGGUUUUCUGAACUACUUCCGAGACACUUGGAACAUUUUUGACUUCAUCACCGUCCUGGGCAGCAUAACUGAGAUUGUGGUUGACUUGCAGAGGAUUGACACGUUCAACAUGAGUUUCUUGAAGCUGUUUCGAGCCGCUCGUCUGAUCAAGCUGCUGAGGCAGGGUUACACCAUCCGCAUCCUCCUCUGGACUUUUGUUCAGUCCUUCAAGGCGCUGCCUUAUGUCUGCCUGCUCAUUGCAAUGCUCUUCUUCAUCUACGCCAUCAUUGGCAUGCAGGUGUUUGGGAACAUUAAACUGAAUGAAGAGACUCACAUUAACCAACACAACAACUUUAAAACCUUCUUAGGUGCCCUGAUGCUCCUGUUCAGGAGUGCAACGGGGGAGUCGUGGCAGGAGAUCAUGCUGUCGUGUCUCGGGGGGAAGCAGUGUGAAACGGACCCCUCGCUUCCCCCUGCAGCCCUGACGACGGACCAGAAGGAGGGCUGCGGCUCAGACUUUGCCUACUUCUACUUUGUCUCCUUCAUCUUUUUCAGCUCUUUUUUGAUGCUGAACUUGUUCGUGGCUGUGAUCAUGGAUAACUUUGAGUAUCUCACGAGAGACUCGUCCAUCCUGGGUCCACACCACCUGGACGAGUUUGUCCGAAUCUGGGGGGAAUACGAUCGAGCGGCCAGUGGUCGUAUCCAUUACACUGACAUGUAUGAGAUGUUGACCAACAUGUCGCCACCUCUAGGCCUGGGCAAGAAAUGCCCCUCCAAGGUGGCUUAUAAGAGACUUGUCCUGAUGAACAUGCCUGUGGACGAUGACAUGACGGUCCACUUCACAUCCACUCUCAUGGCUCUUAUUCGCACUGCGCUCGAGGUCAAAAUAGCAAGAGGAGGAGAAGAUCGAAAUCAAAUGGAUUUGGAUCUGCAGAAGGAAAUUGGAGUUAUCUGGCCUCACCUCUCCCAGAAGUCGCUGGACCUGCUGGUUCCAAUUCACAAAGCCAGUGACAUGACUAUAGGAAAGAUAUAUGCUGCCAUGAUGAUCAUGGAUUAUUACAAGCAGAGCAAAGCCAAGAAGCUGCGCCAGCAACUGGAGGAACAAAAACACGCCCCCAUGUUUCAGCGUAUGGAUGCUUCCUCUCUUCCUCAAGAAAUCCUAUGCAAUGCCAAGUCCCUGUCAUUUCUCCGACACAGUGCCGGAUCUGCUCUCACCAGAGGAGGGUUUGUGGCACUCAGCCCCAUUUCUCCACAAGAGAUGUUCCUGCAGCCGCGGCCUCGCUCCAGAGAAGAGAAGAUGGAGGAAGAGGAUGAAGACUAUCAUUCACCAUACCGCCUGUACCCCCAUCCACAUCACCACCACCACCACCAUCAUCAUCAUUUGCAUACACUGGUGCCGGAGGUAGUGGAGUACAGCCAUCUGAUGCAGCAGGCCAGGCAGGACCAAACAGUUAUUAAAUCACCGCAGCGCACUGCAUCUAUCAGAGCAUCCUCCAUGCCCAGGCUGGCUGUUGAUCCACAGGCUGCGGUGUCAGAAGACGGGAGGCUGAUGAAGCGCUCCUUCUCCACCAUCGGAGAUCAGUGUGUGAACGGCCUGUGGCAGGAGCAACACUCUCUGGAGAAAAUCAGCCCUGAUGGCACAUUCAGAGCUCGUCAAAGGAGCUACAGAGGUCCCAAAAUCAGCCCCAGAGAAACAAGCAGUCACGAGAGAGGGAGAUCAAAAGAGCGGCGCCACCUGCUGUCUCCUGAUGUGUCCCGCUGUAACUCUGAGGAGCGAAGCAGGGAGCCGUCCUGCGAGAGGAGGCAGUCCCGCUCACCGAGUGAAGGACGCGUGCACAGCGUCCAGAAACAGGUGGGAAUCCAGAGCACAUGAUGAAGAUGACUCCCAGAAAGGAGA